AUGCACCAGGAACCGCCUCUUGUAUCGUUUGCCCUGACUCACGUAGAAUUCGAUCCUACUGAUCCAUUAGCCUUCCUAUUUGCCUUUAUCACCUUAUCUCCACUGGCGUUAGUUGUCUCGUAUGUCACCAUAAUUCUAGCCAGAAGAGAGAUGGUGACGAUUAACAUGUUUCUUGAGAAACUUGGAAAAGGAUAUGGAAUGCCAUCUUCUCAUGCUCAGUUCAUGGCAUACUUUACAACAUUUUCAAUUUUAUACUUGUACACAAGAAUAACUUUCGGAAGAAAUUCGCAAAAGUUUCCGAUAUCAAUAGGUUUGAUCGGAUUAUUUUUGGCUGUUACGUAUUCAAGAAUAUACCUCAAUUAUCACACCCCAAAACAAGUAAUGGCAGGAAGCAUCAUUGGAGCCUUCUUCGCAAUAGCGUGGUUCUUUUUUUUGGAAAACGUUUUACGUCCAUUAGGACUAUUUAAAUCCAUAUUGGAUUCGCGGUUGGCCAGAUAUUUUUAUUUACGCGAUUCUUCAGACAUUGAGGAUAUAGUAAAGAUUGAAUACAUGAACUGGUUGGAGUUGAAUAAGAGGACAGGUAUUAAAGAGGCCAAUAAGGAUAGGUGA